UAGUCGCCCGCCGUCGUGAUUAUAGCUGUACGAGUUACCGUUAGCGGAGUCCAAAGUUACGAUCAAUUGAAACGGUGAGCGACGGCGUCACAUCGCAUAACCUAAUAUCCAAACAAAACAAGAUUUAACAAACCGAAAGUCACGUAUCGUUCAUAAUAUAAUAUCACUUAAACGAUAUAAAGUGAAAAAUGUCGACGGAUUUUUACAUAAGAUACUACGUCGGCCACAAAGGUAAAUUCGGUCAUGAAUUUCUGGAGUUCGAAUUCAGACCUGAUGGUAAAUUGCGCUACGCGAAUAACUCCAAUUACAAAAACGACACAAUGAUUCGAAAGGAGGCUUACGUUCAUCAAUGCGUUAUGGAAGAAUUGAAGAGGAUAAUACAAGAUUCAGAAAUAAUGCAGGAAGAUGAUUCGCUCUGGCCGCAACCCGAUCGUGUUGGACGUCAGGAGCUCGAAAUCGUGAUCGGGGAUGAACAUAUCUCGUUUACAACCUCCAAAACAGGAUCCCUUCUCGACGUCAACCAGUCACGUGAUCCCGAAGGACUUCGAUGUUUUUAUUACCUCGUUCAGGACCUUAAAUGUCUCGUCUUUUCCCUCAUCGGACUUCACUUCAAGAUCAUACCCAUCUAAGUUAUACCAUUAUGUUGAUUUUCUUUAAUCAUGAAAUAAGAGAAACUACGCGCGUCAUCGUCAGCGUAGAUGUGCUUUCAAGAUAUUUUUUUAAAAAAUUAUCGAUCUCGCUAUUUCUUUAGACUCGAAUAAACGAUAACUCUUUAUUCUUCA